ACGGAGCUGGAGCGCCCUGCUAAGUUCGUUGCAUUGCCACUGACGGAGCUGGAGCGCCCUGCUUAGUUCGUUGCAUUGCCACUGACGGAGCUGGAGCGCCCUGCUUAGUUCGUUGCAUUGCCACUGACGGAGCUGGAGCGCCCUGCUUAGUUCGUUGCAUUGCCACUGACGGAGCUGGAGCGCCCUGCUUAGUUCGUUGCAUUGCCACUGACGGAGCUGGAGCGCCCUGCUUAGUUCGUUGCAUUGCCACUGACGGAGCUGGAGCGCCCUGCUUAGUUCGUUGCAUUGCUGCUAGCGAACGGAAUGUUGUGUCUCUGUCACAACGUCGGUUUCCAUACGACAGCGCUACACUUCCCUUCCCUGCCCGGAGAGGACACCGUGCCAUUACCAUGAGUUGUUUGGAUGUUAUGUACCCAGUCCAUGGACAUUACGCACCGCACGCGCCAGCCACUCCCGCGUUCAUCAACAACUUCCAGGCACCAGUCGGUCUGAGGAGCACCUCUCCUCGCCACAGAGACUUCAUGAUGGAAAGCAGGGGGAUGCAAAGGGGUCACGGGGGGGUGUCGUCAGGCACCAGCGUGGGCCCCGGCUCUUCCUCUUCCUCAUAUCCCUCCGCCAAGCGACCGGAGGAAGGCCCUAAGGAGAAACAGGAAGUCCCCGAGGCUGAGUACCUGACGUCACGUUGCAUCCUCUUCACGUACUACCAGGGGGACAUCAGCAGUGUGGUGGACGAACACUUCUCCAGGGCACUCAGCUCCUACAUGGAAGGAGAGGGCAAGAAGAGGGCGUUGGACCUGGGCACAGACACCCCUUCACCCAGCAGUCGCCACAGCUUCCCCCCAUCCUUCUGGGAUAGCAACUACCCCUCCUCCCAGUGUCGCUCCCACUGCGAGCCCAGAGCGCCCACCUAUUCCAUGGACCCCUACGCUUCCGGACUCCACCCAGGCCUUCCUCACCCCCACUCACACCUGCACCCAGCAGAGGAGUGGGGCUACGCACAAUGCCAAGCCUACGGGGCCCCCAGGCCGCUCCAUGAACUCUAUUCCCCCAGUGGCCUAGAGCCCCACCACCCAUAUGUCCCCCUUCUCAUGCCCACUAUGCGACCCUCCCACCUGGGCACCCUCCCCGGACAACACCCCUACGAUAUCAGCAAGCUGGACCCCACCGCCCCCUGGCCGGGCCUGCUGCCCCCAGGUGAGAUGGCCAUCAACAUGGACACAGGCCUCCAGCAUCACAAGAAAGGGAAGGAGUUGUACUGGUUUUAACGACCAUCCUCCGUCGCCAUCGACCAGCCAUUACCAGAUCCAAUUUGGACCUCUGGAACUCUACCAUUGAAGCGCCCCUUUCCUCCCCCUCCUCCCCGUCCCAUCGUCCCUCUUUAUCCCUCACCCACUACCUCCUCGUCUCCCCUCGCCUCCGCCCAGGCCCACAGUGCCAGCUGAGAGGCUCCAGGUCAGUGUGUUUGCACCGUGGAGAUAAGGACUCAUAGGCUGGACUCGUGGAGAGCAGAGCAGAGAAAGAGAGGGACAGAGAGAAAAGGGGUACAGCUUUGGUGACCACUGCUCUGUGUUCUGUGGCGUCUGACCUCUCCUAUCGCUGCUCGGGGCUCAGCUGUGUGGCUGCGGCAGCAUAGAGACGGUUGGAGUGACCUGGUUUUGACAGAAAGGCAGAGGGGGAGAGACUACUUUUGGACACUGGGGAGGAAGAAAUAAAGAUGAAUGAUAUCUGGUAGCCCACUGUUACACUACAUCCCCUUACUGCAUAUUAUCUCUGUGUUGACACUGUAUUCAUCCUCAUCCUUAUUAUCUGCAUGUGAACAAAUGGACCUGCGACCAUCGGUCUGGCUGUGUAUGGAUUUGUAUUGUGACUGUAAUCAUAAUGCUGUUUGUUUUUGUUUUUUUGUUUUUUUAAAUGUGCAUUUCUGAAAUGAAAUCUUCAUUUGGCCAGCGCUCUGGAAAUACUUUAGUUGUGCUUUCUUAAAAGAUGGCUGAGGUACCGAAGAGAAAUGAUUGAAGAAUGGUUGAGGGAGGUGACCAUGAUGGUGAUGAUAGUAUUGGUUUGUAUAUGAACUAAUAUUUUAGUUAGAGAAAGGGAAACACUUCGGUAAGUCAACAACAUCAAUCAGCAUAUCAAACUGCUGAUCCAGUAUUUCAUCGUUGUAACGUGUUCCGUUGAUGUUCCGUUGAUGUUCCGUAGAUGUUCCAUUGAUGUUCCAUUGAUGUUCCGUUGAUGUUCCGUUGAUGUUCCAUUGAUGUUCCGUUGAUGUUCCAUUGAUGUUCCGUUGAUGUUCCAUUGAUGUUCCGUUGAUGUUCCGUUGAUGUUCCAUUGAUGUUCCAUUGAUGUUCCGUUGAUGUUCCAUUGAUGUUCCAUUGAUGUUCCAUUGAUGUUCCAUUGAUGUUCCAUUGAUGUUUCGUUGAUGUUCCAUUGAUGUUCCAUUGAUGUUCCAUUGAUGUUUCGUUGAUGUUCCGUUGAUGUUCCAUUGAUGUUCCGUUGAUGUUCCAUUGAUGUUCCAUUGAUGUUCCAUUGAUGUUCCGUUGAUGUUCCAUUGAUGUUCCGUUGAUGUUCCAUUGAUGUUCCAUUGAUGUUCCAUUGAUGUUCCAUUGAUGUUCCGUUGAUGUUCCAUUGAUGUUCCAUUGAUGUUCCGUUGAUGUUCCAUUGAUGUUCCGUUGAUGUUCCAUUGAUGUUCCAUUGAUGUUCCAUUGAUGUUCCAUUGAUGUUCCAUUGAUGUUCCAUUGAUGUUCCAUUGAUGUUCCGUUGAUGUUCCAUUGAUGUUCCAUUGAUGUUCCGUUGAUGUUCCGUUGAUGUUCCAUUGAUGUUCCAUUGAUGUUCCAUUGAUGUUCCAUUAAUGUUACUGUCGUUUGUUUAUACAUGCCAUUUUUGGUCGUUUUAAAAGUGGGAUCUUAGUGUGUGUGUCCUUUCUCUUGCUUUUGUCAAGAAAUAAUAUAAUUAUCAAUAAAUAUUUUUAUGGUACAU